UCUGUGGGGCUACUGUACGGACGGCCAGUGCAGAACUGUUCUGAUGUGUCAAUAAGUUUGAGGCUGGAAUGAGAAGGCCCUGGCGUUUCGACCGGAUUUCAGGGGUCAUCUUCAUCGCAUGAUACAGCCUGACUGACAGAUCCAUCCUCAUCUUUCAAAUACCGUAUUUCCAUAUUCUGUGGCUCUGGUCAGCAGCAGUAUGAAGGGUGGAGGUGGAGGGAAAGAACCUCCUGUGGAGGGAGAGAUCAGCGGAAAGCGGCCCAAACGCAAGUGUCUGCAGUGGCACCCGCUGCUGGCCAAGAAAGCUCCGGACUUCUCUGAGGAAGAGGAGGAGGAAGAUGAAGAAGAGCUGGAGAAGGAGCCGGUGUUAUGUACAGAGAGCGUCGCUCAGGAAGGAGUGUGUGGUGGGAUAGAAGAUGACAGUGAAGAAUACUCCUCUGAGCAGCGGGCUCGUCGGCCCAUGAAUGCCUUUCUGCUGUUCUGCAAACGCCACCGCUCGCUGGUCCGACAGGAGCAUCCGCGACUAGACAACCGGGGGGCCACUAAGAUCCUGGCAGACUGGUGGGCCGUACUGGACCCCAAAGAAAAACAGAAAUACACAGACAUGGCUAAGGAGUACAAGGAUGCGUUCAUGAAAGCUAACCCUGGUUACAAAUGGUGUCCUGCCACCAACAAGCCGGUAAAGAGUCCCUCACACUCUGUGAGUAACUCCCGUAAGAAGGUCUGGUCUCUUCCCUCCAACCCUAAUAAGGAUCCUUCAGUUGCCAAAAAACAGGCCAAAACUGACAGCACACCCCAGCUCAAUUUCGCCAUGGCUGAUCCCAAUAAGAUGGGGGGCCUAAGCAUGCUGCUGUUAGCAGGGGAGCACGCGCUGACCGCCAGAGAGAUUUCCUCCAGCUCUUCCCAGACUGGAUGCACAGAUGUUGCUAAGCACACUGGGAAAUCAGCCCUUUUCCAGCUUGCUGAGAUUUCUUCCAGUCCAGUGCAGCCUGCUGGAGGAAGUAAGAACGCUGAGGACACGAGCUCUCUCACACACGUAGAGGCCUCUGGACCAUCCCAGCCAAGCUCACCUGACCUGCCCAAGAGUUGUGUUAAAUCACCCCUGUUUCAGCUGGCUGAGCAGAUCUCCUCCAGUAGGACUCAGUCAGCAUCUGAGGGAAGGCAGUGCGGCCAGUCGGCUCUUUUCCAGCUCGCUGAGAUGUGUUUGGCCUCUGAGGCGGAGAAGAUAGAAGCUCGAUCCUCCCAGCCCUCUGGUGGAUCCUCCUCUCUCUGUGCUCAGCACAGCUCAAUUAGCACAGCCAUCCCAGACCACGAAGAGCAGCGGGACCCUCCAGAACUUCCUCUCACCACAUCGUCAUCCUCUACCUCCGGCUCCACCUCAUCCUCCCCUACUGACGCAAUCCCUUCUGACAUCAGCCCUUGUAAGACGCCGAAGAAGAAGAAAAAGAAGAAAGAAAAUAAAGAGUCUGACACAAAUCCUCCAUCACCCAAAAAGGUAAAGAAGCGCCAGUCGUCCGAGUCAGACCUGGACAGCGUAAUGUUCACAAUUGAAGCGGUCGCAAAAGGUACUUGGGGCUCAGAAGAGACACCCAAGAAGAAAGCUCGUCCCUCAGAGAGUGAAAGCAGCCCCUCUACGGACCAAUCUCCAUCUGUGAAGAAGAAAAAGUCUAAACCGAAAAAACAGCUCAAGUCAAAAGACGACGCCACAGAAGAAGAGGAAGAAGGGGACGAAGAGGCUGAUAAGCCACAGGAUGCGGAGAUAAAAACUGAGGAAGCUCCUUUGACCCCUAAAGCUGAGUUUGAGAAUGAACCAGACUUGGAGGAGGAGCCCCCUAGUGGCCUGGAGGACAUGGAACCACACUGCUCUCCUCUGCAGCCAACGGAACUGGAGGAGAAAGACACAGACACCAAACCACCUCAAACCACACAGGAAGAUAAAGACCUUGAGGUUAAGCCGGAGAAUUGUGGGUCCAGGAAGUCUGAGCGAAGCUGUAAAGGAGCGCUUUACAAGACUCUGGUGUCUGAAGGGAUGCUCACAUCACUGAGAGCAAACGUAGACAGAGGGAAAAGAGGUUCCAUGCGAGGCAGUGUGUCUGAUCAUGAGGGCAGCUGGAAUGAUGAAAGUUGGGGAUUUUCUCAAGCUGCGACCAGCAACCCAAAAAAGCUCAAGAAGUCCAAGUCUAAAGAGGAAACCGCCCAGGGACUAGGAAAGCUUGAGGAGGAGUUCGAGAAAAAGUUCAACAGCUUACCGCAGUACAGCCCCCUGACAUUUGACAAAAAGAGUGUGGCUGUCACCAAGAAGAAAAAAACCAGUACAUCCAGCCCUCCUGAACCACCCAAACCUUGCAAGGGUCCAUCUUCAUCUCAGAAAAAGACCUUAUUCCACAAGAUAGUGAACAAGUACAAACACAGGAAGGAGAAAUCCAGUGGCGCAGACAAAGACCUCGACACACCUGAGCCCAUGGUUACAGAAUCAAGUCCAGUGAAGUCGGGCAGUCCGUGUGUGUCUCCCUCUCCUGAACCCCAGAAGGUUCUGGACACACCUGUGGGCAGUCAGAAAAGGAAGGCCAGGAAGAGUAAGAUCACACACUUGGUGCGCACGGCCGAUGGUCGAGUGUCACCUGCAGAGGCAGAAGACAAAUCUAAGGAUCAGACCAAGAAUCAGGAUGAAAAGCCAUUCACUCAAGAGACAUUAUGCAAUAGCGGGGUCUGCUACAAUGACCCCAGAUCAGCGGAAGUGGACCCACCAGAUACGUCCGGUGGCCUCCCGGCCUUCUUCAGCUUAGCUGCUCUCGCUGAGGUUGCAGCCAUGGAGAAUGUGCACAGAGCCCAGCGUGCUGUGAGCAUCCCCACUGAAGGUCAAGUGAAGGACAUGGCUCCUGUGCUGAUUUCCUGCGCGGACCAGUGAGGCCUCAGCCUGGCUCGGGACGGGUUUAGUCCGGACUGGGCUCAUGUACAGACAUGCUGGGGCCUUAUUCUUGACCCUCGGCCCCCGAUGCCGAGGAUUUAGAGCGAGCGAGAGCGAGAGAGACUGGAAAGGGAUGAGGGAAGCUUUGAGACGGAUGAAGAUGCUUUAUCCCAGAGGCCUACACCUUACACCCAACCCCACCCUCCCUCCCUCUCACCUCCCCUCAGGGCCCCGGGGGAGCCAAUUCUGGUCCCUAAGCCUGUUUCCUCUUGUGGCUCUGGACCAGUUAUCUGAUUUUCACAAUCUGCAAGAAAUGGCUACUAUUUAAGGUCAAGUUUUGCCUACAAAAAGUGCAUUUGAAGCUUGUCUUUCUCUAUCUUUCUCGUUUCUGUUCCUGGUUGGCUUCAUUGCACAAACGUCUUUCUCACACAGCAGAGUACGUCUUCUCUCGAUCAGAGGAACGUUUUGUGGCUUCCUGCCCCCUUUACUGCUCUGAAUCUUAUGAAGCGAGAGAGAACGAGUGUUUUCAGACUGCUCAGCCUCAUACCUCACAAACCUGUUCAGAUUUUUUUUCUCUGCACAGAAGCACCACCUUCACCUUCAUAAUGCACAGUCAAUGCCUAGAUGCCUCUUUCUUUCAAGCAAUGACCCUCAAUGUGUCUGGUGCCUCUAUUGAUGAGAGUUAACCACCUGUAAUUCUCUCAAAAACAGCAGCGCGAUGUGGGAAGCGAGGUGUUUGCACAAGACGCGCUGCGGUCGCAGGCAUACCGACGAGCAGGGUCCAAAAUUAGUGUUUGGCAGCAUUGAAUAUUUAUAUAUGUGUGUGUGGGUAUAUAGAUAUACCACCGUUCAAAAGUGUGCGGUUGGUUUUGACAGAGGUGUCAUAUGCUCAGCAAGGCUGCAUUUAUUUGAUCAAAAAUAAGUAAAAACAGUAAUAUUGUGAAAUAUUAAUAUUCAAUAUAUUUUAAAAUGUAAUUUAUUCCUGUGAUCAUUAUGCCAAUCUUCAGUCUCACAUGAUCCCUCAGAAAUCAUUCUAAUAUGCUGAUUUGCUGCCCAAAAAACAUUUCUUAUUAUUAUCAUUCU